AUGAGAUUUACGACGGCCUUACCUCUUCUUGCAAUAUGCUUGAGAACUACUGAAGGCGCCCUUCUUAAGAGGAAACCCGCAGUGGUGCCUCUAGCUAAAAGAGAUGCAACAACUACUGCUCUCACGGAUUCUGUGUGGACCACUACAACGGGCACCACCACUACGACGUUUACACCUUACGCUAUUGAUGGAGUUACGGUGGAUGCUUCUCCUGUCACCUCAUCGGCAACUGCCUGGGUGUCUCUUGACAGCUCUGGUAUUCCGUAUGCCAUUACCCCCACUGUGUCUGAUGGCUCCACUACUUCUGCUUCGCCGACCCCUACAAACACUGCGUACCCUACUCCACUAGCUGCUCCACCGGUUUUACGCUGUAUGAACGAGCGUGUUCCAUCAAGCAGCAAUCCGUUGUGUAUCUCAAACGCUACCAGCUUUGUCGCUGGCGAGACGUAUUGGAUUACCUGGAAUCCUCUCUACUGGAACCCAGAUAACGAUGAUGACGGAAUUUCCAAAGUCCAACUUCGUCUGCGAUCAUAUUCAGAAGACACAAACUCUUCUGCCUUCUACACCACUGACUACUCUCCCAAUUCGGAUGGUUAUAUAGCACUCACUAUAGACUCGGAUUGGAUAGACGAGGGAAAUGAUGGCUGGGUGCAAAUUGUGUUGACUCCUUUCCUUGAUAAUGAUGACCUUUCAAGCAAAUACAGCAGUUACAAAGGACCUGCUGUGAAGCUUGUCUCAUCACAGGGAAGUAUUGAGAGAGUACCAUCAGACAACGGUUCUAGCAGCAGUAGCAGUUCUUCUACCACUUCGAGCUCCACUUCUACCGCUACCUCAACGUCAAAGUCGUCCAGCCACAAAAGUAAGGCCUCUGUGAUUGCUCCAGCAGUGGUGGUUCCUGUCGUUGUUGUUGGACUAGUUGGAGGAAUCGCUGCGUACAUUUUCAUGGCCAGAAACAGAAGAAAGGUCAAGGAACAGAACAAGCUGGCUAACGAGAAUCUACCUAUGGAGUCGCUCCCUCGUGGAAAACAUGAGGACCACAACUAUGAUGGAAGAUCGCUCAGAACAGAGGCUACUGGAACCAAUCCUUUUGAUUAG